CUACCUUCUCUCAUCCUGAUCUUCACACUCUCUGGCAAUUAAAUCCACGGACCAGGUUUCUUAAUCCCACAAUUUUCACUCCUGCGUCAGAUGAGUUUGCUCAGUGGUCCUGUCAGUCUAGUACCAUCUUUCCCUUUACAUCCAAAGCCAGAAAAGCUUUAGGUGGCAAUCGCAGUGUUUGCCUGCAGCAUUGCAUGGCGAUGAAGACUGAGGGAAGUCAAGUCACUCAAGUUCAGAUUCUCAAACACUCUCAUCGUCUCUCCUUGAGUUAAUCCACUGUUCACUGGUACAUAUUUAUCUCCUUGUGUUCCCUUAUUACAGUGAUUCUGACAAGACAAACAUGGAGCUUCAGUUUGGUUCCACAGCCAGAUCAGUUAGUUCUUCGCAGGACAUCAUGAGUAUAGCAGAACCAGACACUGAGGAGUUGGUUAGGGAGAUUGCCUUAUUGGAAUUAGAGGUUAUGUAUCUGGAGCAGUAUCUGUUAUCACUUUAUCGAAGGGCUUUCGAUCACCAAGUGCUCACUUUGUCUAGCUCGAGUGUGCGGAAUUCUGACUCCAAGGUGAUUCAACAUGACUCAACACUAAGGGCAUCAUCAAGGAAAGAAGGCACAAAGCAUCUAUCUUUUCGUGAAACGAUGAAUCAGAAUUCAACUAUAAAACUAGUACCUCAAGAUGAUGAUCAAUGCAGCAGCGCGUUGUUCUCACAAAGGGCAACUUGUUCGGCAUGGAUGUCAUCUUCCAAUGAAAGUUUGGCAACAGCUGCUUACUCAUGCCAUUCGCCACUGCUAUCGUUUCACAAGGAAGAGAAGAAUCAUGCUUCAAGGGCGAUAAGCUUAGCAGAAUAUCUUGGUGCCAAUAUUGAUGAUCAUGUCCCGGAGACACCGAAUAGGCUUUCAGAACAAAUGGUGAGAUGCAUGAGUGUCAUGCUCUGCAAACUUGCUGAUCCUCCUAUGGUUUGUCAUGGUCCACCAUCAUCUCCUGUUUCCUUGCCUUCAUCGGUCAGUGUUCUUUCUCCGAUACAACAGAAAAAUAGUCCGAUCCAUAAGCACCAGGCCUUCGAUUCCUGGUUGAUCAAUGCUUUCCAAGCCAAGGGACUCACAGAACUCAGUGGAGCACAUACUGAUUCUUGCAUUGUGGAGGUGCCUUCAAUUAGUAGGGAUCCAUGGAGACUGAGGGGUGUUGAAGACAUGCUACAGAAUUAUAAGUCAGUUCUUGGCCGACUAAAAAUGGUAGAUCCAAUGAAGAUGAAGCAUGAGGAGAAGCUAGCCUUUUGGGUUAAUAUACACAAUGCCUUGGUGAUGCAUGCAUAUGUAGAAUGUGGAAUUCCACAAGAUAACAGGAGUAAGGCUUCCCUUCUUGUCAAGGCGAGUUGCGCAAUUGGUACUUGUGUAGUGAAUGCAGCCAUCAUACGAGGUUCCAUUCUUUGUUGCCGCACACAUUGUCCUCGACAAGGGCUUCAAUCACUGUUCCACUCAAGAUUCAAAAACAAGGUUGGAGAUCGUUGGCACGGAUAUGCCAUCGAACAACAAGAGCCUCUUCUUCAUUUCGCACUGUGUUCUGGCAGUUACUCCGAUCCUCCAGUCCGAGUAUAUAGCCCCAAGAGAGUGUUUCAACAAUUGGAAGCUGCAAAAGAAGAGUAUAUUCAAGCAACUGCCAGGAUUUGCAAGGAAGAGAAGAUCAUUGUUCCAAAGAUUGUGGAUUUGUAUGCCAAGGAGAUGGCACUAAGCACACAAGCUUUGGUCGACAUGGUUCAUCAUCAUCUCUCCGGGAAUUUUCCGAAAUCCAGAUCAUCCAGCAAAGUUUUUGAAUGGCAGCCAUAUAACUUCAACUUCAGAUACCUUCUGUCAAGAGAAGUUGCAUGGUAGGAAUUGCUGGUGGAUGGGUUUGAAGAGUUUGAUUUGUUCUUUCUUCUUUAUUUUGCUCUUUAAUUCUUGACAUUUUUUAUUAAUUGUAAGAAGGUAAGAGCUGGAGUUGUCCAUCUUUGAGAACAUUCAAUUGAGCUUGUAGAAAUUUGGUAUAGAAAUCUCUUGCCCCUAGCUAGAAGUAAAGGGUUUACCUAA